UUGGUACACACAGGCUGGCGGAAGUAGCCCCAAGUCAUGCAAAAGCACUUGUGCAGAUAUCAGCCUGAAAUACAGCGUUGUGUUUUCGGGGAGGGGUAACGAAAAUUUAGCUGCUUAGUUGUUAGAUAUGAAACUCAAAGAGUUAGAAAGUUGCCUGCAGCAAGUUGACGCAUUUGAAGAGCCUAAAAUUCUUCUUGAGCAAUAUCCGACUAGUCCACACAUUGCAGGUGAGGAGACACUAAUAAGAGGAUACACUGGCGGUUCACUGUGUUCUAAUGACUUUCUUUCUUUCCCACAGCAUGUAUGCUUUAUACAAUCCACAACACGUUUGAUGACAUUGAGGGGAAACUAGUGGCAGAUCUCGGCUGUGGCUGUGGGGUCCUCAGCAUUGGGUCAGCUGUGCUCGGUGCAGGGUGAGAGCCCAUAUUAGACAGUUUGAUCUAUUAACAAUCAUGUCAAAACAGAAGGGUGAUGGCUUACCCAUUUACCUUAUUUCAUUAAUGGUUCUGUUUUCUUUGUUUUUGUAGUUUAUGUGUCGGCUUAGACAUUGACAGAGACGCCCUGGACAUUUUCAGAAGAAAUGCAGAGGACUUUGAAAUCUCUAAUGUGGAUCUGAUACAGUGCGACCUUUGUGCAAUAGAGACCCAAAAUUAUGCUAACAAGUUUGACACAGUCAUAAUGAACCCCCCAUUUGGAACAAAACACAACCAGGGUGAGUAUAAACAAUCAAUGGGUCCACCAAGGUCCCUGAUAAUACAUUUGACUGUAUAAAAUAUCGAUAAAAAAGAUUUUGAUUGCAUGGAACAGUUUUCACAUUUAUAGACGCACUGAUGAAGUGUGUUCAGUCAGUGGUUUUUGGAAUUGGUUUUGAUCCCAUGCAGUCAUUUCUGAUUUUUAAUCUAUUGCGCAAAUUGUUAUUCUCCCUGCCCCACUGUUUUUGAAAUGUGUUGAUGGCAUUAAAAUAAAAAUCAGCUUAUCAUUCCCAUAUGAAUAGAAUAGAAUAGAAUAGUCCUUCAUUGUCAUUGUAACAAGUACAACGAAAUCUAAAAGUGUCAGACGGUCAGUGCAUGAAUAAAAAUAAUUUACACUAGAGUAAUAAAUACUCCAAUAACAAAACACACUCACUGUAAUAAAUACUACAAUAAUAAUAAAACAAACACACACACACACAUCUACUAUACAUUCCGUCAAUUUGUAUUGCACAAUUCCACUACAUAUAUAUAUUGUGUUGCGGGUUAUUCAUAAGGCAUCGAGGGUAGUUAUUGCUGUUGGAUAGAAACUGUUUUUGAGACUGUUUGUUCUGGAUCUGAUUGUUCUGUAACGUCUGCCUGACAGCAGCAGUUCAAACAGGGAGUGCCCAGGAUGUUAAGUGUCUCUGACAAUGCUCUGAGCCUUCUUAACACAGCGAGCACUGUGAAGGCCGUCCAGCGAAGGAAGGGGAUAAAUAAGAAUUAGCUUUCAUUUCAUCUAUUUGGAUCUCCAUUCACUUUGGCUAAGGCCAUCGCUAUUCCUCCUGGAGUCUACAUUUACAAUUAACUCUCCACCGCAGUGCACAGUCACAAAAAAACAAAAAAAAACAUCACACCACAAACACAAGACAACAUCAAUAACCACAACAACUCACAGGAGUCUACAAGACAAAAACAAAACAACAAAACAAGAACAAUACUUAAACAACAUACGCAUAUUACUGGACCUUAUUCAUUUCCACUGUUUAGCUGUAGUUCUGAAAUAAUCACAUGUUCAAAUAUCAACAUACAUUCCACAUAAUUUCAUUAAUUUACAGAAACGGUACCCAGUAAAUAAGCAGACUUCAGAUAUUUCAAAUAAAUGGGACAAACACUGAUUGAUUGUACCAAGUAGCUUCAUCUAAAUAAAGAGCUGUUUGACUCUCAGCUGCAAGCACUGCAGUCAAGAGCUCAGUUGCAAAAUUUGAUCUGUUUGUCUGAGAACUACUUUAAAUAUAAGUGAUUCAAACAAAUUUCCAACAAUUAUUAGAAUAUCUUUUUAAUCAACUUAUUAAGUGUCUCAACUUUGAUGGAAUUUGUUUGUAUAAUGGCAUCUCAGUGAUGUGUUAUUGAAUCACUUUGGUUGUUGGGUUUUGACUUAAGCAGUACUUACAAGCUGGAUACAGUAGAGUGCCCAGAAACUAAGUUUUUUUGACAGACCUGUGAGGUUUUGUGUAUUUUAACAUUUGUCAACCUUUUUUUUCCCCCUUUUCUUUGAGGCAUGGACAUGAAGUUCUUACGGGCUGCUUUAACGAUGGCAAAGACUGCAGUGUAUUCACUGCAUAAAACAUCAACAAGAGAGGUAAUUAAGUUCAUUGCUCAAAAUCAUCAUAUGAACAGCAUAAUAGGGUUGGGAGCACUGCAGUCAAGAACAAGUCAAAUCUUUGAGCCUGAAGGAUAAAUAAGAGGUUACAGCAGAAAACUCCUUUCUCUAAGAUUUGUGUAUUCCCUCAUCUGAUUACAGCACAUACAGAAGAAGGCUCACGAUUGGGGGGUAAAGAUGGAAGUAUUAGCAGGUAAACAAAUGUUUUUAUAGUCCUCAUCUUAAUUGUUGUUAUAUUGAGAGACUGACUUUGUGUUGUCAUUACAGAACUAAGAUAUGACCUACCCGCAUCUUACAAGUUUCACAAGAAGAAAUCAGUAAGUUUACACUGGGCCACUUGUGUCAAAAGUGUGAUGAAUAACACUCACAAAUACAUCCUUGAUUUUUAGAAAUGGUUUUAUUGUCUAUUCACAUAUGCAAACUUAAAAAAAUAGCAAAGUAGAUGUUCUCAGCAUUUAAUGGAGAUAAUCUACAAGAAGGAAACACAACAGCACACAGAUUCUAGUCAUUUCUGUUGUCAUGGUACAGCUAUUUGUUGAGGUGAAAUUAAAUUAAGGUCAAAAGACAGUUUUUUCUGAUGGAUGAUAAAAUCAAAAGCAUCUUAAAAAGGAAAACAGAUACACAACUGAUAAGAGAGGCACAAUUGAUAAGGACUUAAAAAAAAGCAGAAAACUGACAAAAAUCUUUGUUAAAUCUUCUUCAGGUUGACAUCCAGGUGGACUUCUUAAGGUUCUCCAAAGCCUGACGCUCUCACUGGAAUGGGUUUAAGUUGCCUCUGCAUUUUCACUGUUUAUAAUAAAGGUUUAUAAAAAAAAAAAAAAAAAAA